GCUUGAUCUGUUCUACCCCUGUUCCCACCCUCCCUGCCCUACCCAUACUCUGUGCGCACCGAGGUCUCCAAGUACCACAUCAGCAGCGCUGAUGUCGAUGGAACAGGACACCGAGGCACUGCCACGACGCAGUGCCAGGCUCACAGUUUGCAGCCACUCUGUGUUACCUCCACGGCCGAAGUAUCAGCAACAACGCAGCAGGCGGACGACUCCAGCGACAUCCAGUACCAAGGCAGCAACUGCAGUACUGGGCAUCGCAGGGAUCCUUCCCGCCUGUCCGGUCCAAGGAGACCACAAAACUUUGGCAGCUUACCUUCGGCGGGUGCAGGCAUUCACGGAUGCCGUAGCCACAGCAAAGGCACAGCAAGAGGCAGCAGAAGCAGAAUGUCAGCGGCUUGCCCAAGACGCGGCAGCCCAAGCUCAGCGGACUGCUGAGGCUGACGCAAUGGCUCGCGACAAGUGGAAUGCCGCCAGCACUGAGGCUCUGAUUCAGAAUGAGAGUCAGUGGACAGCACUACUCCAAGGCAUGAUCUUUGUGCCUACGGACGAGCAGGCGGAUCCGGCACCGGCGGAGGCAGAAAGGAGUUACCUGGCUAACUUAAUGCUGAGUAUGAUGAGGGCGGUGAUGUGGAACAACACAAUGCAGAUCGUGAACACGCACACGGGACGACGGCUGAGACAGACCCAGCAGGGAGAAUCUGCAACUUGGACAGCCGCCAUCCGCGCAGCAACACAACAUCAGCAACAACAGCAGCAGCUGUUGGCAUCCAGUAUCACACGCGUCAGCAGCAUCGAUGCUAAGUCCUCAGCAGCGCCAGGCUGCACAAUAGACACGGCGAAGCAGCUCGGGGAGCGCAUCGACCAUGUCGUCAAGAUUAUCGGCGAACUAGGUGACUUUACCAGUCCGGCCGCGAUCAGCAGCACGGUCGUCGCCAUCAAGACAGACAUCACCAAACUGCAGUCACGACCGGAAGCCACUGCGAAGGUAUACAAGAUGCCACGUUUCAACAUCAGCAAGUUUGACAACUACAACAAGACCGACGCCUUGGCAUGGUGGCAAGCCUUCCUCACUGAAGCAGCCUGCCACCAUGUGCCGACCGAGGAUAUGAUGAAAGCACUCUACCUCCAACUCAUUGGAGGAGCACAGGCAUGGAUGAACCACACCGCGACCAAUCUGGGGUGCACCAUCGCCCAACUGCACACGCACAUUACGUGGGAGCAGUUCGGGCAAAUGUGGAACACUCGAUUCAUGGUACGCAACGUUGUAAAGGCGGCCAUGAACGAGGUCUACUCCAGCUCACAAGGGAACAUGCCAACUCGAGACUGGACGAUCAAGUGGCAGAAGAUAGUAACCACUCCGGUCUUCGACUUGAUACCAGCUCCGUUGACGGACGACGGAGUAGCGGUUAUAGAUCUCCGCUCCUAUCUUGCGAAGAUUGACCGCUACGUCGAGACUGACGCUCCUUUGCUUUAUAUCCGCAUUCAAAUCGGAAAGGCCACCUGCAGUGCCUUGAUUGAUUGCGGAGCAUCUUGCAACUUUAUGAUCCAAGCCUUCAUGGCACGCGCAGGCCCUGGCCCCCGUGUUCGAAGGAAGACGCAACCUACGCAAGUCACACUGGCGGACGGACGCACGCAAAAGUCAAUUGACCGAUGCGUUGACGACGUGUCGGUGUACUUUGCGCCCCUUGCAUGCGAGCCAGUGUCUUUUGACAUCCUCGACACCAAGCUCGACAUGAUUCUAGGCAUGUCUUGGUUGCGUAGCGCCGACCAUCCGGUAAACUUUCAUGACCGAACCGUUCACAUCCGUGAUCGGAACGGAGUGUUAGUCCCGUGCACGGUCGCCACGCCUCACACUUCGAUUGCUUGUCAUGUGGUUUCCAUCUUGAGGAUUCGCGACGCCAUAGCUCUGAAUGACGUAGAGGAGAUGGGCGUUGUUUUCCUACAUGCCCUCCCGUCGAUGGACGGACCAGCCGCGUCACCGCCGGACCCACGUAUUACUCACCUCUUAGAUGGAUAUGGAGACGUCUUCGAGGCUCCCACCGGAAUAGUUCCGGAUCGACCCAURCGUCACGRGAUUACUCUCGAGGCAGGUGUUGUCCCUCCGUGURGAUACAUUUACCGCAUGAGCGAAGAGGAACUCGAGGUGCUUCGCUCACAACUCGAUGACCUUCUCUUCAAAGGUUGGAUUCGCCCUAGUUGUUCGCCAUACGGUGCACCGGUUCUCUUCGUCCGGAAGAAGAACAAGGACCUAUGGUUGUGCAUCGAUUAUAGAAAUCUUAACGCACAAACUGUAAAGAACGCCGGCCCUCUCCCUCGGAUUGAUGAUCUCCUGGAGUGAUUGGGCGGCACGACGUACUUCUCGAAGUUGGACUUGAAGUUGGGUUAUCACCAAAUCGAAAUCCAGCCUCAAGACCGGUACAAGACCGCGUUCAAAACGCGGUAUGGGCAUUUUGAGU